UCCCCCCACCCACCUUCAGCCUCCAUAGGUUUUCGUUUCCCUGGUGUUUCUUCUUGUUCCAUUACUUUGGCUUUUAGUUGAUCAUGCAUUCUUCAGUUGAAAUUUUAACGGAAGAUGUUCGCUUUUUGGUUUCUUCAUGAACAAAAACGUCUAAAUGUCAAGCAAGCUUUCUAUCUUGUUCUUAGUUUUAUGCUAUCGACUCUAGAAUUUGUGGAUACGUUGAUUGCUAGCUCAACCACAACAUAGCGUUUGCAACUCAGCUGUUUCAAAAUGGUGUUUAACAGUGGGAUAAUUAAUGAUCGAGAAGCAGGGGGAAAAUGCUAUGCUUUUGUUACUUUUACAAAUCCUAGAUCUGCAAUUGGUGCCAUCAAUGAUAUGGAUGGCAGGACCAUAGGUGGUCGAGUUGUAAGAGUAAAUGAAGUUAGGACCAGAGGUGCAAGACCAAAUUUUAAUCGUGAAAGUUUCCGUCAUAAUUCUGAGAGGGUCUUGGAUUUGGACAAGGGAAGAGAUCAAUGCAGGUUUUAUGACAAUGAUAGAGACCACUAUUAUGAUAGGAACCACUAUCAUGACCGAGACAAUGAUCGAUCUCGAGUCCGAGGUUGGGAACGAGAAAGAGAAUAUGAACAUGGACGGGAUCAUGGUCGAGCAAAGGAUUGCUUACUGGAUCAGGAUCGAGGCCGAAGUAAGGAAGAAAAUGAGCAAGAACAUGAUAGAACCCGUGAUCAUGAUUGGGAAAGAAACCAUAGUUUGGACUGGGAAAAAGAUACAGAUAUGGGUAAUAAUGAUCGUGACAAAAGCAGAGACAAGGAUAAAGAUCAACAAUCAAAGAAUCAGACUGGUUCCCAUAUCACUGAUCAGCACAGGAAAGAGUUGUUGUCGAACUCCAGUGAUUAUUACAAUCAGAUAAAAGAACAGCUGGACAUAUCCAUUCAAAGGCGAGAGGAGCUCCAAAAGGAGAUUUCUCAGCUUGAGGAGAACUUAGAAGGGAAAAAACAGUUUGUUUUAGAUUUACAGAAGAAAUCUUGGAAAUUGGAAGAAGCCUUGGCAACUGCUAAGAAGCUAUCUUCCUACCAACAGAUGCAGCUGACCAAGUUGCACAGAUGUUUUCUGCAAGUUAAGGACUACUCUGAAAGGCUCAAAAGCUCUGAACAGGAAUUACAGUCACUUGUUGAUAUGGUAAUAGUCGAGGCUGAUGCAGAUGAUGUCGGUGGCAUGAGGGAUGGCAGUAUAUAUGCAAAUGGCAGGGCAUGAAAUGCAGGACACUGACUGUCUGUCUAUAGUGCAUUGUGGAUAUUAUUUUUUGGAGUUGAACGGAACCUUCCAGUUAUGAACUACAUGGAUUUCCUUUUUGUAUA